AGUUGGAAGAACAAGAGAAAUGUAACCAGUUGUGUCUCAAAUAUUGUGAGUCACCUUGGAUAAACAGGUCAGGAAAAUAAUAAUUAUAAUAAUAUUUAAAAUGUUUGUUUUAUUUCAGAUUUACAGAAGAAUGGUAGAUUCUCUCCACCUUCAUUUGGUCAGCCCUCUCCUCAAUACAAAGAGAAAGGUAUGAAGAAAUCAGUAAAAGGAUCAGAGAACCUGACAGCAGCCUUUUUGCAGUGCAGUUCUCACCCUGCUACUGGAGUAACACAGACAGAAACCAUCAAAACUGAUCGACAACAAGUGGAGAAAGAAAUCCAAAUUCACACUGGAAAAAAAUGUUUGGAAUGUGGCAAACAAUUCACACAGAAGAGUGAUCUUAAUAAGCAUAUGAAGAUUCACACUGGACAUAAAACAUAUUGUUGUCACGAAUGUGGUAAGUCUUUCUCGCGUUUAAGCAAUCUUCAGACGCACAGAAGAAUCCACACAGGUGAAAAACCUCAUUGCUGUUCAGAGUGUGGUAAGUCGUUCUCACAUCUAUGCAAUCUUCAUAGGCACAGAAGUAUCCACACAGGAGAAAAACCCCAUAGCUGUUCAGAGUGUGGUAUGUCGUUCUCACGUAUAAGUGAUCUUCAAACGCACAGAAGAAUCCACACAGGAGAAAAACCUCAUUGCUGUCCAGAAUGUGGGAAGUCGUUCUUAAGGAGAAACCAUCUUCAGAGGCACAGAAGAAUCCACACAGGAGAAAAACCUCAUUGUUGUUCAGAAUGUGGAAAGUCAUUCUCAUGUAUAAGCUAUCUUCAGAGUCACAGAAGAAUCCACACAGGUGAAAAACCUCAUUGUUGUCCAGAAUGUGGUAAGUCGUUCUUAAGGAGAAGCAAUUUUCAGAUCCACAGAAUAAGCCACACAGGAGAAAAACCUCAUUGUUGUCCAGAAUGUGGUAAGCUGUUCUUAAGGAGAUGUGACGUUCAGAGACACAGAAGAAUACACACUGGAGAAAAACCUCAUUGCUGUCCAGAAUGUGGUACGUUGUUCCCAAGCAGAAGAAAUCUUCAGAACCACAUAAGAAUCCACACAGGAGUAAAACCUUAUUGUUGUCCAGAAUGUGGUAAGUCGUUCUUAUGGAGAAGCAGUCUUCAGAACCACAGAAGAAGCCACACAGAAGAAAAACCUCAUUGUUGUCCAGAAUGUGGUAAGUUGUUCUUAAGGAGAAGCGACCUUCAGAGACACAGAAGAAUACUCACUGGAGAAAAACCUCAUUGCUGUCCAGAAUGUGGUACAAUGUUCUCAAGCAGAAGCUGUCUUCAGAACCACAGAAGAAGCCACACAGGAGAUAAACUUAAUUGUUGUCCAGAAUGUGGUAAGUCAUUCUCAAGCAGAAGCCAUCUUCAGAUCCACAGAAGAAUCCACACUGGAGAAAAACCUCAUUGCUGCCCAGAAUGUGGAAAGUCGUUCUCAUGUAUUGGCUAUCUUCAGAGGCACAGAAGAAUCCACACAGGAGAAAAACCUCAUUGCUGCCCAGAAUGUGGAAAGUCGUUCUUAUGUGUAAGGUAUCUUCAGAGGCACAGAAGAAUCCACACUGGAGAAAAACUUCAUUGCUGUUCAGAGUGUGGUAAGUCGUUCUCUAGUAGACACCAUCUUCAUAGGCACAGACAAAUUCACAAAAGGAGAAAAACCUGAUUGCUGUCCAGAAUGUGCCGAAAAAGUUUCUGACAAACGCAGUUUUCAAAGUCACAAAGAAAUUGAUACUGGAGAGAAGCCAUAUUGCUGUUCUCAAGGUGGAAAAAGGUUUUAAACAUUAGCUCUUUUCAAGUAAACACAGCAACUCCCACUAAAGCGAAACUGCAGUUUGUAUGUUCUGAAUGUGGCAAAUGUUAUACAUGCCAGAAAGGUCUUUACAGACAUGCCAAAAUCCAUACUGAAGAAAAAUCUCAUUACUGUUCUGAAUGUGAGAAACGAUAUAUAUAUAUAUAUUUAAGCACAGUUCAGUUUCACAUCACAACACAUACUGGAGAUAAACCUUAUUGUUGUCCUGAAUGUGAUGAGCAGUUCUCACAACAAAGCACCAUAAAAAGUCACAUCAGACAUCACACCAGAGAGAAACCUCACCAUUGCCUGGAAUUUGGCAAACAAUUCUCACUCCUUAAUUCUCUGUAUAAUCAUAGGAGACGUCAUACUAGAGAGAAACCUUACAGUUGUACUGAAUGUGGAAUGCGAUUCUCAUAUAACAGUUCUCUUUACAAUCAUAAAAUAAUUCAUUCUGGUAAAAUACAAAGCUGUUCUGAUGGUGGCAAGCUUUUCUCAGACAGCACUACACCUAAAGAUCACAUGAGAAUUCACGCUGGAGAGAAACCUUAUUGCUGGCCAGAGUGUGGCAAACGAUUCUCGCAUCCAAACGCACUUCGCUGCUGCAGAUAGAUUCACACUGGAGAGAAGCAGUACACCUGUUCUGAAUGUGGUAAAAGUUACUCUUUCAGAAAAAGUUUUUGAAGACACACACAAAGUCAUAUUGGAGUAAAGCCUCUCCCAGAAAUGGCAAAUGAUCCUCAGGCAAACAAAAAUGAAGAAAAUCUUCUGAAUGUGGUAAAGAACUCCAGUUGAAAGUAGUUAAUAAAUACAUGAGAAUAGUGGAGAAAACACUUAAAGUGGCAAACAGAUCGCAGAUAUAAGGUAACCUCAGAGCCGCAUAUGAAUUCACACUGGAAUACAACACAUUUCAAAAACAGCAAGAAUCUUCUUCCACAACUUAUAAAAAAAACCUCAUUGUUGCCCUAAAUGUGGUUAACGCUUUUCAGACAGCAGUGGUCUUCAUAUUCAUAAAUGACUGGCUUACUUGUGGGAAGUCUCUUAGCUGAUCUGAAUGUUGAAAGUGGUCCUCCUGUAUCAGCCGCCAUCAGCAACACAUAAGAUUUAAUGAAGGACUCAGAAACUGUACUGCCAGGACAUCAGCUAUAGAGGGACUGAUCAUCUCUGCACCAGUGCUGUGACAUAAGAUGGUGAACAAUACAAACACCAGACAACAGAAUGAGGUAGCAACAGUACUGUGUGGUGAUAACAACUUCAACCACAGAACACAACUGAAAGUUCAAUGUAAUAAUGAAAAAAAUGGAGAAAUCAAAUUAAAUCCACAGUGCAGUGUCAACUACCUGGAGAUACCACUGACAACAAGGCAAAUAUUUCUGUUUCGGAGCUUUGGAGAUGGGGCCUUAUCUUUUACUAUCUCUGGGAUGUCAUCUGAUGGCUGACGCCUGGGCUGAGUGCAGACAGCCGUUCUUAACUCUGAUAAUGAAGAAGUCAUUUAGUGACGUCAGCUAACAGCCAAUGCUGUCCAAUCAGAUACUGGGGAGGGACAGUCGAGGAGGACAGGAGACUAAAAAGAGAGCCGUCACAUGACAGACCAAUGUAGAGGGACUUUGUAAUACUUUUAUAGUAAUUUAGGUUAUCAUUUAUAAAUAAGUCUUUACAUACCAAACACAUUCAUAGGCUGUGUGUCAAGGGUGAGUCCAACAGUGGGAAUUGAAGAUCUAAAUACAAAUAAAAUGAAACACAAAUAAAAUGAAAUACAAAUAAAAUGAACAGGGUUCAAAGAGAUAUGCUUCAGACGUGAAGAGGGAGUCACAACAGCAUAUUAGGGUUAGCACAGGGACCAGUGAAGAAUAUCAAUUAAUGUAUACAAGGAAUAUUAUUUAAAAUAAUAAUUUUAUGAGAAAUAGGACACCAUAAUGAAUGCAGAAACACAAUUAAAAUGACAUGAACUGAUUUUAUUGUCUGACAUACAGUGGGGCAAAAAAGUAUUUAGUCAGCCACCAAUUGCAAGUUCUCCCACUUAAAAAGAUGAGAUGCGCCUGUAAUUUUCAUCAUAGGUAUACCUCAACUAUGAGACACAAAAUGAGAACAAAAAAAUCCAGAAAAUCACAGUCUGAUUUUUAAAGAAUUUUUUUGCAAAUUAUGGUGUAAAAUAAGUAUUUGGUCACCUACAAACAAGCAAGAUUUCUGGCACUCACAGACCUGUACCUUCUUCUGUAAGAGGCUCCUCUGUCCUCCACUCGUUACCUGUAUUAAUGGCACCUGUUUGAACUCGUUAUCAAUAUAAAAGACAUCUGUCCACAACCUCAAACAGUCACACUGCAAACUCCACUAUGGCCAAGACCAAAGAGCUGUCAAAGGACACCAGAAACAAAAUUGUAGACCUGCACCAGACUGGGAAGACUGAAUCUGCAGUAGGUAAGCAGCUUGUUGUGAAGAAAUCAACUGUGGGAGCAAUUGUUAGAAAAUGGAAGACAUUCAAGACCACUGAUAAUCUCCCUCGAUCUGGGGCUCCAUGCAAGAUCUCACCCCGUGGGGUCAAAAUGAUCACAAGAACGGUGAGCAAAAAUCCCAGAACUACACGGGGGGACCUAGUGAAUGACCUGCAGAGAGCUGGGACCAAAGUAACAAAGGCUACCAUCAGUAACACACUACACCGCCAGGGACUCAAAUCCUGCAGUGCCAGACGUGUGCAGGCCCGUCUGAAGUUUGAUAGAGAGCAUUUGGAUGAUCCAGAAGAGGAUUGGGAGAAUGUCAUAUGGUCAGAUGAAACCAAAAUAGAACUUUUUGGUAAAAACUCUACUUGUCGUGUUUGGAGGAGAAAGAAUGCUGAGUUGCAUCCAAAGAACACCAUACCUACUGCUAAAGCAUGGGGGUGGAAACAUCAUGCUUUGGGGCUGUUUGUCUGCAAAGGGACCAGGACGACUGAUCCGUGUAAAGGAAAGAAUGAAUGGGGCCAUGUAUCGUCAGAUUUUGAGUGAAAACCUGCUUCCAUCAGCAAGGGCAUUGAAGAUGAAACGUGGCUGGGUCUUUCAGCCUGACAAUGAUCCCAAACACACCGCCCGGGUAACGAAGGAGUGGCUUCGUAAGAAGCAUUUCAAGGUCCUGGAGUGGCCUAGCCAGUCUCCAGAUCUCAACCCCAUAGAAAAUCUUUGGAGGUAGUAGAAAGUCCGUGUUGCCCAGCGACAGCCCCAAAACAUCACUGCUCUAGAGGAGAUCUGCAUAGAGGAAUGGGCCAAAAUACCAGCAACAGUGUGUAAAAACCUUGUGAAGACUUACAGAAAACGUUUGACCUCUGUCAUUGCCAACAAAGGGUAUGUAACAAAGUAUUGAGAUGAACUUUUGUUAUUGACCAAAUACUUUUUUCCACCAUAAUUUGCAAAUAAAUUCUUCAAAAAUCGGACAAUGUGAUUUUCUGGAUUUUUUUGUUCUCAUUUUGUCUCUCAUAGUUGAGGUAUACCAAUGAUGAAAAUUACAGGCCUCUCUCAUCUUUUUAAGUGGGAGAACUUGCACAAUUGGUGGCCGACUAAAUACUUUUUUGCCCCACUGUACAUUCUGUAGCCCAUGGCCUAAUUUAAAUAAACAUAACUGCAAAUUUCAAAUGUGGAAAAGGUUUAGUCCACCCUCUCUGUUUAUCAGCACCUCCUAUACCUGAAAUUAGAAUCUUGUUCAAAUGAUAACAUCACGAGAGAGGAUCUCGUCUGACCCUGUGCCACAUUUGAGUACCAAGAAUAGAAACAGAAUAGAUGAGGGUUACUAACAAAUUAUAACUGUCAUAUUACUUAUAUUUUAGUGCUGAUGACGGGCUGUAGAGUUAAUCAGCAGCUCUAGUCAGGGUGUGCUAAACUGAAGUAGUGAGUCUUCAGCUGGGAUUUAAAAGCUGAGACCGAAGGGGCAUCUCUCAUAGUAGCUGGCAGACAAGUCCACAGUUCAGGGUCCCUGUAACUAAAAGCUCGACCUCCCACUGUUAUUUUAUUAAUUCUUGGAAUCAUAAGCAGACCGGCAUCUUGAGAUCUAAAUGUGCACUCAGGUUUGUAAGUCAUGAUAAGUUCAGAUAAGUAAGCCGGCCAUUUAAUACUUUAUAUGUUAAAAGGAGGAUUUUGAAAUCUUCCCUAAACUUAACUGGGAGUCAGUGUAAGGAUUUAAGAACUAGAGUUAUGUGUUCGUAUUUUCUUGUUCUUGUAAUAAUUCUUAGCAGCAUUUUGGAUUAACUGGAGGCUGUAUAAAGAACAGUUUGAACAUCCAGUGAACACCGCAUUGCAGUAGUAAAUACUACUAAAAAUAAAUGCAUGAAUUAAUUUCUCAGAAUCCUGUUUAUUAAGAUAAUGCCUUUAUUUCCCAAAAAUUGUAAGAAGGAAAAAACAUGAUUUGGACAACUUUGUAAUAUGCGCUUUAAAUGACAUGCUAGAGUCAAAGAGAACUCCUAGAUGGUGGGCUGAUAAAGUACAAUUAAUGGUGAUUCCAACUGAGUUAGGUGAUGGCAAAAUAUUGUUGUGAUCAGCGUCAUUCCCUCCAAUAAUUAACAUCUGUUUUAUCUGUGUUUAAAGAAAAGUAGUUCUCAUCCAUCCACUCAUUUAAUUCACUUACACAACUAAUUAAAGACAAUAUUGAAAAAACUUCAUUUGAUCUAAAAGAAAGGUAUAACUGGGUGUCAUCUGCAUAUGAGUGAAAAUUGACAUUAUGUUUCCUAAUGAGAGAUCCCAGUGGAAGUUUGCAAAGUGAAAACAGUAAAGGUCCCAGUACUGAGCCCUGCAGGACACCAUAUCUCACUUCUGUGUGUAAUGAUGGAGUCCUGUCAGCACAUUUCUGUACAUAUUGGAAUUGAUUUUAUAAAUAAGAACUAAACCAAGCGAGCACAGAGCCUGUAAGCCCAACAUCAUUUUCUAGCCUGUGCAGUAAAAUAAAAUUGGUCAAUGGUGUCAAACGCUGUGCUUAAGUCUAACAACAAUUACAGUGGAGUUUCCUUCAUCCGAGGAUAUCAGAAUGUCAUUUACAACCCGUGUUAGUGCCAUUUCUGCACUUUGACCAGACUGGAAUUUCUCAAAUAAAUUGUAAUGCUUAAGGUGUGACUGAAGCGUAUUUUAGAGAGAAAUGGUAAAUUUGAAAUGGGUCUAUAAUUAUUAAGUCUACAUCUGACUUUUUAAGUAAAGGUUUAAUGACUGACACUUUUAGUGCCUCAGGUACUGUGCCAUGCAAUAAUGAACUACUGAUAAUGUUUAGAAUACGCGCUGCAAGAACAUUAAUUGCACUUUUUACUAGUUUUGUUGGCACUGGAUCAGGGAACAAGUACUGGGUUUUAUUUUAGAAAUUAAAGUUAAGACUUUUUGCUCAGUUACAGGAAUAAAAUUUAUAAAGUGUUUAAUGCAAGGUGAGACAGUAUCUGCCAAGCUAGUAUGUGGUUUCCACUGUGAUGCUGAGAUCGGGGAUCUCAUAUUUUUAAUUUUCUCAUUAAAUAAGUUCAUAAAGUCUGUAUUGCUAAUAUCUGUUAGUAUUUUGCAAUUUAGGUCUGAAUCCCCAUUUGUUAAAUUAGCAACUGUUCUAAACAGUACCCAGGGAGUUUUAUUAUUGCUAUCUAUUAUUGUAGAAUAGUAUUCUGAGCGAGAUUUAAAGAGGGCUUUUUUAUAUUUAUUAACACUCUCUGUCAAUGCAAUUUGAAAGACCUGCAGCUUUGUUGUUCUCCAUCUGCGCUCCAGUUUUCGACACUCUAAUUUAAGAGUUCAGAUGUUCUCAUUAAACCAGGGAGAGUUUCUAUGUGCUUUGAUCACUUUUGUUUUAAGGGGAGCCACUGUGUCCAGAGCAUCUCUCAAGGUCACAUUAUAAUGUAAUGUUAGCUGAUUUCAAUUGUAUUCCAUGUUUACAUUUGAUGUUCGCUGAUCUAAAUGGUUUUCCACAAUUACACUGUACGUACUCAAAGUAUCUAUAAAUUUUGAAGCAGAGUUACAAUCUAGA